UUGUUUAUAGGCGUCAAACGUAUUUGACAUCGGCAAAUAGCACCGCGAGUGGCAUUUUCUUUUCCCACGAAACGACAUUGUUUACCGUAGCGUUCGAUUUGCAAUUUCCGUGGCUGUAUUUCUUCCUGCACGCUAGCUAAUUCCGCAAGCAGGAAUUUACUACCAACGUGCAUUUGGUUGCAUACAGCAGUUCUGUUAGUCAACUGUCCGCUACGCGAAAACGACGCCCGGGAAAUGACACAACAACUGAAGGACCAGCUAAAGUUUGAUAUAGAAUGGGGUCACGAGCGGUUGGUACGGGCACAGCAAACGGUGGAAAUUCGACCGUUCGACGUCGAAUCGUGGUCGCUGCUGGUUCGCGAAGGCCAAAGCCGGCAUGUAAACGAAGUACGAUCACUGUACGAAUCGCUCGUUUGCGUGUUUCCGACGACGGCCCGGUACUGGAAGGUGUAUAUCGAGCAGGAGAUGAAGUACCGCAAUUACGAGCGUGUGGAGAAGCUGUUCCAGCGCUGUCUGGUGAAAAUCCUCAACAUAGACCUGUGGAAGCUAUAUCUGACGUACGUGAAGGAAACGAAGGCCGGACUUAGUACGCACAAAGAAAAGAUGGCGCAAGCUUACGAUUUCGCGCUGGAAAAGAUCGGCAUGGAUCUGCACUCGUUCUCAAUCUGGACGGACUACAUCACGUUCCUGAAGAGCGUCGAUGCGCUGGGAAGCUACGCGGAAAACCAGAAGAUAACUGCCGUUCGGAAAGUGUACCAGCGAGCAGUUAUAACGCCGAUCAUCGGUAUCGAGCACCUGUGGAAGGAUUAUAUCGCGUUUGAGCAAAACAUCAAUCCGAUCAUAUCGGAGAAAAUGAGUGUGGAACGGUCGCGGGAUUACAUGAACGCGCGACGCGUUGCGAAAGAGCUGGAAAUCGUGACGAAGGGACUGAACCGUAAUCUGCCGGCUGUACCGCCAACUGUAACAAAGGAAGAAGUUAAACAGGUUGAGCUGUGGAAAAAGUACAUCGCGUUCGAGAAGUCGAAUCCGCUUCGUAGCGAGGAUAAUGCGCUCGUAACGCGGCGCGUAAUGUUUGCGAUCGAGCAGUGUCUGCUAGUGCUCACACACCAUCCAGCCGUCUGGCAUCAGGCGGCCCAGUAUCUGGAUCAAAGCUCCAAGCUGCUCGUCGAAAAGGGGGAUCUCAACGCGGCCAAGGUAUUCAGUGACGAAGCAGCAAACAUUCUUGAACGUGCGAUCAACUCGGUGUUGAGCAGAAACGCGCUGCUCUACUUUGCGUACGCCGAUUUUGAAGAGGGUCGCUUAAAGUACGACAAAGUACAUCAGAUGUACAACAAGUUCCUCUCGAUCAACGACAUCGAUCCGACACUGGCUUACAUUCAGUACAUGAAAUUUGCUCGCCGAGCAGAAGGCAUCAAGUCAGCGCGGGCCGUGUUCAAGAAGGCCCGGGAGGACGUCCGCUCCACCUAUCAUGUGUUUGUGGCGGCAGCACUUAUGGAGUACUACUGCAGCAAAGACAAGGAUAUUGCCUUCCGCAUAUUCGAGCUCGGGCUGAAACGGUUCGGAGGAAGUCCCGAGUACGUGAUGUGCUACAUCGACUAUUUGUCGCAUUUAAAUGAGGACAACAACACCCGCGUCCUGUUCGAACGGGUGCUCUCCUCCGGUGGACUAACGCCCCAGCUCUCGGUGGAGGUUUGGAAUCGGUUCCUCGAGUUUGAGUCCAACAUUGGCGAUCUGUCCAGCAUCGUGAAGGUCGAACGGCGCCGCAGUGCCGUGCUGGAGAAGCUGAAAGAGUUCGAGGGCAAAGAAACGGCCCAGCUCGUCGAUCGGUACAAGUUUCUCGAUCUCUAUCCGUGCUCACCGUCCGAGCUGAAGUCGAUCGGGUAUAGUGAAACGCGCGGCAUGCUCAGUGUGACCGGUGUAAAACCACCGGCUGCUCCCGCACCGGAACAACCGGAACAACGGGCGCAGAUUGCACGGCCCGACUUUUCCCACAUGAUACCGUACAAACCGAAGCCGAACGCGUAUCCGGGCGAGCAUCCCGUCCCGGGCGGUGCCUUCCCACAGCCGACUGCACUGGCGGCACUGUGCGCCAUUUUGCCUCCACCCAUAAGCUUUCAGGGUCCGUUCGUGGCGGUGGAUAAGCUAAUAGAGGUGUUUGACCGCAUUCAGCUUCCGGAAGUUCCACCGCCGCCCAGCGACAGCACGGCGGACUCGAGGUUAUUUGAGCUGGCAAAGUCGGUUCACUGGAUCGUGGAUGACAGUAUCUACGCUAGCGAAGGUGGCCUCCGGCGCCGUCGUAUGGCACCUGGCGGAGAGGAUAGUGACGAUGAGGCGGUUGCACCGGCCCCACCAGCUAACGAUAUUUAUCGGCUACGGCAACAGAAACGUUUCAAGUGAACGCCUCUGAAUCCUUCGCAUCCGUGUGCUGACGAUGGAUUUUGUGCGUUUUAGAGACAAUGAUUUUCCCGUCACGGCCGGAAGAUUCUGUAACUGUUAAAUAUAUGUAUCAUAAGAACGGGGGACGCUCCUGUCCAUGCUUCGAUACUAUUUGAAAGCAUUCACGGCUUACGGCCAGAUAUCUGUGUAUAUUGGAGUGUCUCGUGAGUGUAAAUGGGUCUGGAUGUUGUCGGUACAAACUACAAAAAAACAAAAUAUUAACAGCAAUAAAAGAAGUACCACAAAUUG